UAUAUGAAAAGAAAUGGAUCAGGGGCAUCAUCAUCAUCAUCAGGGGCAGGUGCAUCACCAUUUCUCGGUGAGUAAUAUUGAUCCGGGUGGGGGAGAUAGGUUUCCUCAAUGGAGCAUACAGGAAACCCGGGAUUUCUUGAUUAUUCGGGCCGAACUCGACCCGGCUUUCAUGGAAACCAAACGUAACAAGCUUCUGUGGGAAGUUAUUUCGACCCGGAUGAAGGAAAAGGGUUACAUCCGGAGCCCCGACCAGUGCAAGUGCAAGUGGAAGAACCUUGUCACCCGAUUCAAGGGAUGUGAAACAAUGGAGGCAGAAGGAAUGAGGCAACAGUUCCCAUUCUACAACGAGCUGCAAACAAUAUUCGCAGCACGAAUGCAAAGAAUGCUAUGGCUCGAGGCGGAAGGCGGCGGCGGUGGUGGUGGUGCCGCCGCCGCCAGCAGCUCCAAGAAAAAAACAACCGCGCAAUUCUCCUCCGACGACGAAGAAGAGAACGAAGAUCAAAUAAGCGAAGGAGAAAAGGCAAAAAAGAAAAGAAAAUUAAAGGGAACUAUUCAUAAUAAUCCGCAGUCAUCAACAACGGGAAUAAACUCGGCGGCGGCGGCCGUAAUAAACGGGGUAAAGGAGAUAAUGGAGGAGUACAUGAAGCAACAAAUGCAAAUGGAAACGCAGUGGUUGAAAGCGUACGAAAUGAGAGAAGAAGAGAGACGAGUGAAAGAAAUGGAGUGGAGGCAAACAAUGGAGGCAUUGGAGAAUGAGAGGAUAAUGAUGGAUAGAAGAUGGAGAGAGAGAGAAGAACAAAGGAAGAUUAGGGAAGAAGCUAGGGCUGACAAAAGGGAUGCUCUUAUUACAGCCCUUUUGAACAAGCUUAGGAGAUCAGAAGAUAAUGUGCAAUAAUAAAUUUUUAUUUUAUUUAUUUAUUUAUUUUUAAUUUCGUUUCGAUCUCUCGAGCCUUUUCGGGAUCUUGGGGGAAAAACAAAUGGGG